UCGGAAGCACCUCCCCCUCCCGCACUCGUCCCCGGAGUCAGCCGCGGUCGCUCACUUUUGCGAUUAAAACUCCGUAAAAGAGGACAUUUUUUACUGCGAUUUCAACGUAUUAUGUCCUCGAACAACAUGUCGGACCCGCGCAGGCAGAACAAGAUUUUGAGGUACAAACCUCCGAGCACAGAGACCAACCCGACCCUGGAGGACCCCACCCCCGACUACAUGAACCUUCUGGGGAUGAUCUUCAGCAUGUGUGGCCUCAUGCUCAAGUUGAAGUGGUGCGCCUGGAUCGCCGUCUACUGCUCCUUCAUCAGCUUCGCCAACUCCAGGAGCUCCGAGGACACCAAGCAGAUGAUGAGCAGCUUCAUGUUGUCCAUCUCUGCGGUCGUCAUGUCUUACCUCCAAAACCCGCAGCCCAUGUCUCCGCCCUGGUAACGCCCCCUCCCCACGGACCAAUCGGAACGUCACGGAUCAACUGAACGGCCAAUCAGCAGCGAGGACAGGACGACGCCAGAGGAAGGAGGAAUCGUUCAAACGGACUCUUUAAGUUAAACGUGUGAUCUUUUUAAAUGCUUUUAUUGUUGAAGAAACUUUAUACGGUUUGACCAUUUACAGCGAGAUGUUACCAAUAAAGUUUUGAAAUAAAA